AUGGACUGCAACUGUGUUAGUGACCUGCUCCUCACUCCACCUGUCCCAGCCCUCUGGACACCAGGCUUUGCCUUUCCAGACUGGGCCUAUAAGCCAGAGUCUAGCCCUGGCUCCAGGCAGAUCCAGCUGUGGCAUUUCAUCCUGGAGCUGCUGCAGAAAGAGGAAUACCAGGGGGUGAUUGCCUGGCAGGGAGACUAUGGCGAAUUUGUGAUCAAAGACCCGGAUGAAGUGGCGAGACUCUGGGGGAUUCGCAAGUGCAAGCCUCACAUGAACUACGACAAGCUUAGCCGUGCACUAAGAUACUACUACAACAAGCGCAUUUUGCACAAAACUAAAGGAAAGCGGUUCACCUACAAAUUUAACUUCAGUAAGGUGGUUCUAGUGAACUACCCGCUGUUAGACAUGGCCAGCUCUCCUUUCCUGCUAGCCCAGAACCACUUCAACGGAGGGGCAGCUACCACAGACUGCAGCCCCGUGACCCCAGAGGCCUUGCAGUCUUUAUUCCCUCGGUUGCCUGAUUCUGGCCGUGGAACUGCUCUGUUUGACCGUGCCACAGGAGCCCCAGAGGGCGAUAAGCUCCGACUGGACACUUUUCCAUUCCUUGGUUCAGGAGCCUCCUGCUACUCCAAACCCCCAUCCAUGUUGGGUCCUUACCCCCGUAACCCUGCAUUUGACUACUCUUGGGGCUUCAACCCAUAUCUCCCUGGGGCUUUAUCCCUCAACAACUGCCCUAAACUGCCUCCAGGCUCGCUCUACCCCUCACACUUCUAUCCAAAUCCACUUCAGUCUGGCCUGGCUCAGCUCCCUCAUCCGUUUUCCUCACUCCUGCCUCCUGGGGAGACAACAGGAACAGAACGGGUUCAAACCGCAGGAGCCAACAGCUCAGUGGGUGGUCAGGCACCACGACUCUGCAUCCCAUCAUACCCAGGUAGUUUACUUCAAGGCCGGACUGAGCUGGGUAUUUUGGGUUCUGGCAUAGGUGAGAGGGAACGAGGAGAGAACACUAACAUUACAGGGGUAGGUGGAGGUGGGAUUGGGGUGGGAUUAGGUUUAGGCUUGGGAUCACUGGGGUUAGGGAGUGGAGGAGGCGUCCAGAGUCCAUCGGAUAGGCGCGCAGGAAUGAAACAGGACCCAGGGUCGGAUUCUGAGUUGGAAAUCACAGACCUGAGUGACUGUAGCUCGGAGAACGAAAAUGAACCAGACUUCUCUGCCAGUCAAGGGAAGGAAAAUAGGAUAGGAGGCCGACCUCACAUUCCCGAAGCCAAGACCGCAGGUCUGGGUGGAACCUUACCUCAACUCUCUUCUCUUCCUCCUUCUAUAUCCCCCCAUCCCCUCAAAAGCCUGGUACCCCUGAGUCCUCCACCACCAUCUCUUCCCACAUCUCUUUCUCCUUCCCUCAUCCUGGUUGAGCGGCACAGAGAAACAGAGACUCUCAAACUUGCUCAUAGUUAA